ACCACUCCACCAUAUCCUCACCUACCACUUCCUCACGGCAAUAAUCUGAAUCAAUCACAGCCGUUAAUUUUCCCAUCUUUCUUGGAUUCACAUGGACUCAUCUACUCGUCCUAGUCCACCCCCAGCAGUAAUCUCCCCCGUCCAUCACAAUCAACUUCCGAACACUCAGUUCGGUUCGGUGGAUCGACGGUUCAGAUGCAAGCCCACCGUCCACUGUCAGAAAAUUCCUCACCAAACCCGCCCUUUCCCCCUCUUUUGUUUUUCCCACCAACCCCAGUACGUUGUUCUUCCGCUUUAAAAAAUUGGGUUGGGUUGUGGUGCAAUACAACCUUCCCAAAACCCAGAAACCGAUUCCGCAUUUUCAAUGGCGAAUACGUUGCAGAGUUGCUCAUCAAGCGUUUCUAAUUUAGUUUCCAAAAGCCGUUUUCUUGGAGGCGAUUUGGGUUCAGAGAGUCGCUGCUUCGGAUCCAUAUCUUUCCCUUCCAAGCUUCCCACUCUUCCUAAUAAAUCUUGUAAGAGUACAAGAAUGGCUGCAGUUGUGAAGGCAGUGAGCGGUUUUGAUCAACCUGAAGUUGAUCUGUCGUUGAGCCCCAGAGUGAAUUCUGUAAAACCUUCAAAGACAGUGGCUAUAACUGAUCAGGCAACAGCUCUUGUGCAAGCUGGAAUCCCAGUUAUUAGAUUAGCAGCAGGAGAACCUGAUUUUGAUACUCCAGUUGCAAUAGCAGAGGCUGGGAUAAAUGCUAUUCGUGAAGGUUAUACAAGGUACACUCCGAAUGCAGGAACUUUAGAAGUUCGUGAAGCAAUAUGUCGUAAGCUGAAAGAGGAGAAUGGAAUCUCUUAUACACCUUAUCAGAUUUUAGUUAGCAAUGGAGCCAAGCAGAGUAUUAUUCAAGCAGUGCUUGCAGUUUGUUCCCCAGGAGAUGAGGUAAUAAUUCCUGCUCCAUUUUGGGUGAGUUAUCCAGAAAUGGCAAGGUUGGCUGAUGCAACACCUGUGAUUCUUCCGACAUUGAUAUCUGAAAAUUUUCUGUUGGAUCCAAAACUCCUUGAAUCAAAACUUACUGAAAGGUCAAGGCUGUUGAUUUUAUGUUCUCCAUCCAACCCAACAGGUUCUGUUUACCCCAAGAAUUUGCUUGAACAGAUUGCCCAAAUUGUAGCGAGGCAUCCCAGGCUUCUGGUGCUGUCUGAUGAAAUAUAUGAGCACAUAAUUUAUGCACCAGCAACGCACACAAGCUUUGCAUCUUUGCCAGGCAUGUGGGAGAGGACACUGACAGUCAAUGGCUUUUCUAAGGCCUUUGCAAUGACUGGUUGGCGACUUGGAUAUCUUGCUGGUCCUAAACACUUUGUUUCAGCAUGUGGAAAGAUACAGAGUCAGUCCACUUCAGGUGCCUGUAGUAUAUCACAGAAAGCAGCUGUAGCUGCAUUAGGACUUGGCUAUGCUGGUGGGGAGCCAGUUGCUGCAAUGGUGAAAGCAUUCAGGGAGAGAAGAGAUUUCUUGGUUAAAAGCUUCAGUGAGCUGGAUGGUGUUAAAAUCUCAGAGCCCAAGGGAGCUUUCUAUCUCUUCAUUGAUUUCAGCUCUUACUAUGGGGCAGAGGCUGAAGGAUUUGGAAUAAUUGAGAAUUCAGAGUCCCUUUGCCGGUACCUGCUCGACCAGAGUCAGGUUGCCCUCGUCCCGGGGGAUGCAUUUGGAGAUGAUACCUGCAUUCGCAUUUCAUAUGCUGCAUCUCUCACCACUCUACAGGCAGCUGUGGAGCGAAUUAAGAAGGCACUUAGCCCUCUCAGGCGUGCUGUCCAUGUUUAGUUUCAGUGAAAAAAGUUAUGAUGUACUUUUUCUGGACUUCACCAUUUUGUAUUUGUAAAAAUUAAAUGUAGAUUAAUGGUUAUGUGUUCGACAAAUAAAAUUAACUUUUCAAGUGCUGUAUCGAAUUGUUUAUACAUGCAACAAAAAAGGACAUUAAUCUGUAUUGUUUUUGACAUUGGCAUUGGUGCAUUUAUUCCAUACAAUUUGUAUGAUAAACUUUUCUUAUAA